AUGUUUCGCGAGCUGAUCAAGAACCAGGAUAAGCGACUGGGCUGGAAUGCACAAGAUGUUGGCUACAGAAUCCGGCCAACUGACGACGAGGUCGCUGCCCUUGGUCCAGCGUUCCAGGAAGCUUGGGAUAAACACUAUAGGGAUUUCCCUGACAGACCUUUGGCAAUAGGCGCUGCUAUAGACAGCUUCACAGGUGAUCCAAGCAUUCUCCCUGUGGGGCAAUAUAUCUCUGUAUCAGCAUUCACGACAUACCCAUUUUCCCGUGGGUACGUACAUAUAACGGGACCGGCGCUGGAAGACGAGCUUGACUUUGAGACCGGAUACUUUGCUGAUGCUGGUGGCAACGACAUCAAGAAGCACAUCUGGUUAUACAAGAAGCAACGCGAGAUAUUCCGACGCAUGCAACUAUACCGAGGCGAAGUGGCAAUAUCUCAUCCUCCUUUCCCAGAAGGAUCCGAAGCUGCAUGCAAAGAGCUUGGUGCACCUCUUUCAGACGUGCAAGAUAUCAAAUACUCGGCUGAGGAUGACGCAAUACUUGAGAAGUGGCUCCGAGAGCGUGUUGAGACUACCUGGCACUCUCUGGGGACCUGUAAGAUGGCGCCACUUGAGAAGAAGGGCGUCGUAGAUGCAAACCUCAGUGUGUGGGGCGUUCAAGGGCUGAAAGUUGCCGACCUAAGCAUUGCACCCGAGAAUGUCGCUGCAAAUACCAACAAUACUGCAUUGGCAAUAGGCGAGAAGGCGGCAGACAUCUUCAUCCAAGAGCUUGGUCUCAGGAAAUAG